AUGCCCACGCUUGACACACGGUGUGCGCAGGUGUUGGUUCACUACCCAGAUGAUCCGAAUGGGCUGGUGUGGCAUCAUCGUGUGCUGUUACAUCGCAUUAGUGGCGGUCGGUGGGUGUGCCUCACUCCCGACUUGCAGCUGCAGAUCCAUGAUCUCAACGACCAGAGGCACAAGGUGCUGUCGAGGAGGGCGGCCUUCCCGGCCAACGUGGCGGCCGCCUCGUACGUGUUCGACGACGACGCGGUGUCGGCCGCCCAGAUGGAGGAGUUCAGGGCACAGGCGAAGGUGCAGGCAGCGAUCCUCGGGGACGGCGAGUUCGAUGACGUCGAGGUCCACAAGUGGGUCGUGUACCAGGUCGACGACGAGCACUUCGGCAAGGAGGUCCCCGAGGAGGUGCUGGCGGACGCACAGAGGUUUGUCAGCCUCGGGAACCUCGGCGUCGUGGACUGGCUCGGAGCCAAGCGGUUCGUGGAGCGAGUCAGGGACGACAAGGUCGACGACUGGAAGGAGAAGCGAGAGUCUUCGGAGGGCGACUCGAGGAUCCUCGGCCUGCAUCGGAAGAGGGGGAAGCGGAACUUGGCCCUCUCGGAUGCGGUCGAUCUCUUCACGGAGGAGACGUUCGAGGAUUGGCCUUUCCCGCCGCCAAGGGCGGCCAAGGAGUACUUGGAGUCGAUACGCGACGGGCCUGGCUCGAUGGUGGUGUACGAGAGUGAGUGGAGGCAGGACAGUGGUGUUGGCGACGGUACGGCGGCGCUUCACGAGCACCGCAACAACGCCGAGGUCCUGCGGCUGGCCCACCAGGUGGACCAGCUCAACAUACCCAACCUGGCGUGCUUCGAGCAGUUGGUGCGCAGGCAGAUCCAAAUCGAGAUGGCGGUCGAGAGGAACGCGAAGCAUCCCGACUACGCCGGCCUGGACCUGGUCAUGGGCGGCCCGACUACAGAGAGCGGUGCGGCGGCCAGCGCGGGCUUCCGCGGCUGGAUCUACAAGAAGCAGGGAGAGCGUGCACAGACCCUCAAGCAGUCUCGUCUUCUUCGUGAGGAGCGGCUCAAUGAGGACAAACGUUACAAGAGUGGCAAAGCAUGUCCGUCCCCGCCGACAGUUUUGACCGUGGAGGCGCUGGCGUUCGGCGGCGACUCUGCAGCCAGAGGUGAGCGGGGGACGCCCUUGCAAUGCGACGUCCUGCAGCACGUCGCUCGGCGCGUCAAGGCGUACGGCCCGCCGCCUCGAGACCUGGACGAGGACGGAGCCCUCGCGGAGCUCCUUGCGUCCAGGGACCUGUACUCGCAGGAGCCGAAGAACCUCGCUGAGUACGACAUCUCGAAGCUCAAGAUCUGCCGCUCGGGUACCGUGGCGAAGGACGCAAAGACGCUCUUGCCGCCCGAGACGGCGGGCCUCAUCAAGCACUAUAGGCAUUGCGUGGAGCGCGAUGCGGAGCAGAUACUGGAAGCUCAGGUGGCCCAGGUUUUUCCUAGGCCGUAUUGGGACCCGAAGCUGGCGAGGGACCACGACAGCCUCUUCGAGCUCGUGGACCGCCUCAGGGACGCCAACCUCAUCGGCUUCCGCAAGAGGCUCAAGGCGAAGGUCGGCAUCUUUUUCGUCAAGAAGAAGGACCCCGCGUGGAUCAGGCUCAUCAUUGACGCCCGACAGGCGAACCGCUGCCACAAGACGCCCCCGAAGACACGGUUGGGGUCGGUCGGGGGCUUCUGCGAGCUGGACCUCUCGGACACCGCGCUGCGGGACCUCGGGGGAUUCGGCGGCAUCGCGGAGAUCUGGGGCGGCACCAGCGACGUCGACGACUGCUUCUACCAGAUGCUGGUCGAGGAGCUGGGGUCCUGGUUCGGGAUCGACCUCCCGCGGGCCGCGGGCGCCUGGGGAGUUGCCCAGGUCUAUGACGAUGAUCUGGGUCGGCGCGUGGCGGUCGAGCCUUCUGAGGUGGUCUAUCCUGUUUUCCACGGCAUGGCCAUGGGGUGGGCGUGGGCGUUGCACUUCGCGAACGAGGCCGUCUCCUACCUGGCCUCCAAGAGCGCAGUGUGCCCCCGCUCGCUGGUACGCGAGCGUACGCCGGCCCCAGUGCUGCGGGCGGGGCAGGCCGUGUCGGGCGUGUACGUGGACAACUUCACCACGCUCGCCGGCGACCGCGAGACCGCGCUCGACUCGGUCCAGAGGUUCAGGCGCGCGGCGGAGGAGGCGCACAUCGGCACCCACGUCGACUCCGAGGUCGGCGUGGUCUUCGAGAGCCUCGGAGUGGUCUUCGACGGGAAGCGGAGGUGCUUGCGCCACGUGCCGCGACGCGCCUGGCGCGUCUACCUGGCCACUCGCGCCCUGCGGCGGCGCCGCUGGAUCCACGGCAACGUCAUGGAGAUCUGGCUGGGGCACGUCGUCAACCUGUUCAGUCUGUCUCGGCCGGCGUUGGCGUGCUUGCAGGCGGUCUACCCCUUCGUCGCGGCGGCGCGCGGGAGGCGCGUCCGCCUCACGCCGGCCAUCAAGAAUGAGAUGCGGCUCGUGCAGGGGCUGCUGUUUCUGUCCGAGUACGACCUGGGGGCCGACUUCAGCCACGAGGUGUACUGCUCCGACUCCUCGAGCUUUGGGUACGCUUUGCUGUCGACCACUGCGACGAGCUCGGAGCUUCGUGACCUCACCCGCUAUCGUGAGAGAUGGCGAUUCAAGCUCGUCGACUCACUGCCCGAGGUCGGGCUGCUUCGUCCAGAGUGGGUCGAGUACGCGGGGGGCCGCCUCGCGCCUGGAGGGUCGUGGGAGUUUCCUGAGGGUGCCUAUGCUGACGUUGCUGUGCGAGGGUCUCGACCCUGUGCCAUCGGCCCGCAGACGCAGUAUGGGCGCUCGCUGGAGGCAGCUGCCCAGGAGCGGCCUUUUUCCCGGCCUCGAGUCGGGCGCCGCUCACGGGAUCCACGGCCGCGGCCCAGGCAGGAGGAGGUCGAGGUCCCGAGCGCCGUGCCCCCGAUCGACCGCUGCUGGGAUGAUGUCCGAAGGUGGAGGCACCUUCGAGUCGGGCGCUGGCGCUGGACAGAGGGGCACAUCAAUGUCAAGGAAGGCCGCGUGUCCCUCUUCGGCCUUCGCCGAGCGACGCGCAGUCGCCACAACCACGGGAGGCGGGUCGCCUCUAUCGGGGACAACCUGGUCUCAAUCUGUGCCUUCGAGAAGGGCCGCGCGAAGUCGUGGGCCCUCAAUGCGCUGGCGAGGCGGGCGGCUAGCUACCAGAUUGCUGCUCGGAUCCGCUGGCACUCACGGCACGUCGAGAGCAAGCGCAAUGUUGCCGAUGCCGGCUCGCGCCUGCACGAGACUGGGGUACAGGAGACCGUGGCUCUCGAGCUCUUUGCCGGCGAAGCGGGCCUCACUUGUGCUCUCCGGUCCCGCGGACUGCGGGUCGGGCCGCCGUUCGAACUGGAGCGUGGUGCGAGGUUUGACCUCACCAGGAAAAGCACUCAGAACCUCAUCAAGUCCUGGAUCCUCUCGGGCCUCAUAUGGUAUAUCCACUUGGGUACCCCAUGUACGGUCUGGUCAGUGGCGAGGCGAGGGGUGUCUAAUCUUGGGAAGGCUUACGCUAAGGAGGCGGUGGCGGUGGAGCUGGCCCUCUUCACCGUGGAGGUCUGCGUCUUGGCCUCUAGAUGUGGAGUCCUCUGGAGCCUGGAGAAUCCCUCGUCGUCGGGUCUCUGGGAGUUCAAGCCUGUCGUGGACCUCAUGGGGCUCCCCCAGGUCUUCAAGGUCUCCUUCCACAUGUGCCAGUAUGAGGUCCAGCACAAGAAGCCCACCACAGUGCUCACCAACGUCCAGGCCCUGCGUGGGCUUGCAGCCAAGGAGCGCCUCCGCGGAGUGGUGAAGGGAGCGAUUCUGAAGUCCCCGCUCGAGCGACGGACUACAUCCGCGACCACAGGCUACGGUUUGGCCGCCACCGCCCGCUCUGGGCCGCGGAGGCAGAAGGCAUUGAGGAGGCAGGCGGUGGCCGCUAGAGCUGCUGCGCCUCCCGAUCGCUUCCUCCAGGAGAGCACGGCUGGCGAGAAGGCGAAGGACAUCUACCGCCGCGAGCUGGAGAAGUUCUACGACUGGGCCGAGCAGCAGGGCCGUCCCGUCGGAUCCCUCUCGCUGGCGACGACGAUGAAGGAGUAUUUCUUCAGCAAGUUCCAGGAGGGCUAUGGGCCGAGCGUCGGCCGCGCCGUCUUCUUCGGGUAUCUGUUGCUGAAGUCCAACAACUACAAGCAGGAGCGGGAGCGCCUCAGCGACGUCGAGAGAGCGAUCGCCGGCUGGGCCAAGCGGUCCCGCGAGGUGGUGAAGGACCCAGCGCCCCAGGAGGUGCUGCUGGACAUGGGCGCGUGGAUGCUGGACAACGGCCGCGGUGAGAGCGCGGCGUGCUUGGCCCUUCAGCUGGACGACUACGGGCGCCCGUCCGAGAGCGUCGAGCUGGUGGUGGGCAACAUGCUGCCGCCUGUCCCAGGUGUCCGCGGCACGGCUUCGCGGGACUGGGGCGUCGUCUUCGCCCCCGCGGAGCUCGGCUUCGUCACCAAGACUGGCCAGGUCGACGACUCCGUGGUGCUGGGCAGUCCUUCGCGGCCGUGGGCUCCGAAGGUGGCUGCCGCGCUGGUCCAGCGCGUGGCGCAGACUUCCGGCAACCGUAGCAUGCCAGCUGAUCCUCGUGCUCCUCUUUUUCGCAGCUUGACCUUGGCAAAGUACGAGCACGACUUCAAAGCAGCGUCGAAGGCCCUCAACUACACUAAGCUGAACGUGACGCCUCACACCGUCAGGCACACCGCCCCGUCUCACGACAUCUACCACAAGCAUCGGAACCUUGAGCAGGUGCGACGGCGCGGCCGUUGGGCGGCCAAGAAGAGUGUGACCAGGUACGAGCGCCAUGCCAAACUGUUGAAGCAGUACGGUAAGCUCGACCGCGUCCAGAUCUCAAGAAUGAAUCGUUCAGCCCAGUCGUUCCCAGAAAAGUUGUUGGCCUACCUGAGGAAGCGCUGAAGUGUUGUCGUCUUUUGGGCCUUCCUCCUUCGGUUCUACCCGCCCGCGUACCACCCUUUCAUCGUGUCCUUGACCCAGAGUACCCAUAUGGGCGACUGUAUGGGAGUGCCGAGCUCGGUGGCAAAGAGUACCAAUUCAUGUGUGACAGGAGCUCUUUGGACGGAACAGUGCGGUUGUUCAGACGACCAUCGUGAAAAUGAGUGCAAUGCUGAGGCC